AUGGCCGCAGAGGCGGUGAUGGUGGCCGUGCGCUGCCGGCCGCUGAGCGGGCGUGAGGCGGCCCUGGGGUGCCGGGCGAUCGUGGGCGUGGACAGCGCGCGGGGCCGGUGCCUCCUACGGAACCCCUCGGCCCCCGUCGAGCCUCCCAGGCAGUUCUCCUUCGGUGGGGAGCACAGCACCGAGCACAUCUACAACGAGAUCGCCUACCCACUCGUGGAGGGUGUCAUGGAAGGCUACAAUGGCACCAUCUUUGCGUAUGGCCAGACUGGCAGCAGGAAGUCAUUCACCAUGCAGGGAGUUGCAGAUCCCUCCUCGCAGAAAGGGAUCAUUCCCAGGGCAUUUGAACACAUCUUUGAGAGCGUACAGUGUGCUGAAAAUGCCAAAUUCCUGCUGAAGGCCUCCUACCUGGAGAUCUACAAUGAGGACAUACGAGACCUUCUAGGAGCUGACACCAAGCAGAAGCUGGAGCUGAAGGAGCACCCGGAGCAGGGGGGGUACGUGAAGGGGCUGUCCCUGCACGCCGUGCACAACGUGGCCCAGUGUGAGCAGCUGAUGGACACGGGCUGCAGGAACAGAGCAGUGGCCUUCACCCUCAUGAACAAGGACUCCUCAUGGUCCCACUCCAUCUUCACUGUCAGCAUGGAAAUCUAUGCUUCCUUCUAAGAGCUAACUGGGAAUUGUUUCCGUGCAGAUGAGCAAGGGCAGGACCACCUUAGGGCUGCCAAACUCAAUUUGGUGGAUCUGGCAGGAAGUGAGAGACAAUCAAGGACUGGUGCCACAGGGGAGCGUCUCAGAGAGGCCACCAAGAUCAACCUUUCCCUGUCUGCCCUGGGCAACGUCAUCUCGGCCCUGGUGGAUGGCAGGUGCAGACACAUUCCCUACCGAGACUCCAAACUGACCAGGCUGCUCCAGGACUCUGGGGGGAACACCAGGACCCUGGUGGUGGCAUGCAUGUCUCCGGCUGAUGACAGCUGUGAGGAAGGCCUCAGCACCUUGCGCUAUGCAAAUCGAGCCAGGAACAUCAGGAACAAGCCCUGCAUCAAUGAGGACCCCAAGGAUGCCCUGCUGAGGUAGUACCAGGAGGAGAUGAAGAAGCUGAAGGCCAUUCUGGCUGAACAGAUGGGCAUGAGUGACUUCUCAGGGCUUCUACCUGCUGAAGCUGCUCACCUGGGAGCAAAUCCAGCUUCCUGCCUCAAACGCCAGGUGGUUCUGGAAGCAGGGAAGCAGCUGAUCAGAGAAGAGUACCAGGAGAGGCUGGCCCGGCUCCAGGCCAGCUACCAAGCAGAGCAGGUGUCCCGUGCCCGCCUGGAGAAGGACAUCAGCAGCCUGAGGGAUGACUUUGAUCUCAAGGUGUCUGUUCUCCAGGAUCUCCUCAGGAAGGAAGCAGGUGUGGAGGAGGCACCUGACACACAGACUAAAACGACCUCUGACCACACACCUUCAUAUGAAGAUGCUGUUGCUGCAGCACAUGAAGAGCCAACAUCAGCCCAGCACCCAGCAGCAUCUGGGACUGUCACAGACACUGGUGGGGUGAGCAGGGCCAGUGCUGGAGCAGCAGGAUCUGUCAUUGCCCCGGGGAUUUCCCUGCCUGCAGACCAGCAGCUGGUGCUUGCCAGGCUACAGAUGCUGGAGCAGCAGGUGGCUGGGGGGGAGCAGGCUCAGAACAGGGACCUGAAGGAAAAGCACAAACGCCGGAAGAUAGACAAGUGGAGGCUGCAGUCGGUGGCCGCACUGCAGGAAUCCAACGAGGACAACAGUGAGCAGGCUCUCCUCAAUGUUUAUGACUCCAUGCAGGAGGAGUUUCGAGCCAAGAGCAAGAUGCUGGAGAAGGUGCAGGAAAAGCUCCGGGCUGCUGAGACUGAGAUCAAAGACCUGCAGCAGGAGUUUGGGCUGGAAAAGACGGAUUAUCUGAGCACCAUCUGACGCCAGGAGCGAGACCUGAUGCUCUGCCAGCAGCUGCUGGGUCAGGUGCAGUCCCUCGUCCGGCGCGACUGCGACUACAGUUACCUGGAGAGGAUCAGGCGUGAAUCCGUCUGGGACGAGGAGAGCGGCUGCUGGAAAAUCCCAGAGCCUGUCAUUCAAAAAACGCACCUGCCUGCAGCGGUUCCAGCCCUGCCACAGCCCCAACCUGGCCGGACAAGCCCCUCGAAUGAGAGCGGGCAGCCAGCGCCCGAGGAAGACCACUAUAGGCUGGUGCUGGAUAGGAGCAACAGCGAGACCAUCGCCAGCAAUUACUUCCGAUCCCGACGAGCCAGCCAGAUCCUUCAACUGGACCAAGCUCCCGCAGGCUCCCAGGGGGCCGCGGGCAGCGCCUGCACCAUCCCCCAGCCCCGGCCCUUCCGCCUGCAGUCCUUGACCUCGGCUCCCCGCGCCGACACCAAGCGCAGGAAGGGCAACGCCAGCUCCAGCGCCCGCCGCUUCUGA